GUGCAAUGGACGUACAGUGUAACGCAGUCAGACGUGGCGAAUAAAAAUUAAAAACAGAGAAAAAUUAACUACAUAAUCUAGUUAUUUAAUUAAAAAUACAUUAUGAAAUGACAAAAUCUGCGGUUACCUGAACGCCCAAAUGACAGUGUGCGAUACAUUAAGUUUACAUGGUUGCGUUGCGGAUAAGAUCACCCUAAUAGUUGUCACCAUCAAAUAAUAACAUAUAGAGUACCACAAAACUGACUUGUAAAAAUCCCUAACCUUGGCCGAAACAGUUCGAGCCGAAGUUAAGCCAGUUUCCUUUCAUGCAAUAAAUACAUAAAAGCAAGGUGAAUUCUUAACAAGUACGAAGUCCCUGUACUCACAUGCGGCGCGUCCUUUAAUUUUGCGGAGCAACAUGACGGUAUCCUGGACAGAUGAGUUAACCGAAGAUUCAGAAUUACCCCCUGUUGAAGAAAAGUUCGAUUCAGAACGUAACAUUAAAACUGUCGUACGAUAUUUCUUCAAUGAAGACGGUGAUUUGAUCAAGGAAACUAAAGAAUAUCAAAGAGAAAAACGAGUUGUUGCUUCACGAGUAGCGGACAGAAAAAAAUGGAAAAAGUUUGGCGCUUCAAAAUCUGAUCCAUCUGGCGGAAAUUUAGCCAAUACUUACCCAGCCGAUAUAGUUACCAUGCAAAUUGUUCAAUCAAGACAGGCAUGUGUAUAUUUUUGUUCAUUUACCAUUUAUUUAUUGUUUAAAAACUUGCCACAUACUACAGAUGAGAUGUCAAUCAUUUGACUGUCUGAAGUUAGUCAUAUGUGACGUAAAACCUAAGACAUGAGUGUUGGAUGUAGUUGUUAUACCAAGUUAGCAUAUCGAGAUGAACUAUCAAUGUAAAUCCCACCGUAGUAGAAUUAGCAACAGCACCAAUAGUACCUGAUACAUUAACGUGAUGAUCGUGCUUGCCUAUCCUGAUAACCCAACCGAGCUUUUUUAACUGUAACACGUUCCUUUAGGUCCUGUAAUGCCAUGGAAGCCGGCUGGAGACUAAAACCAGCAACUUAAGGUCCGAGGGCAAACUCGUAUUGAUGGUUACAGAGAGGUGUAAUAGAGGUCAGGUGUUUCCCUUAGGCAACUAGCAUCUGCAGCGAUGCUGUCUCCUCACAACGGAAAGAAAGAGUUAGAAAGGUCGAUCAUAAAAAUGUCACACCCCACCUUACCCCAUGGAUUUUCAUCUUCGUCGAUAAAGCGUUUUGAAGUGUGAAGCCAACACAUUAUAAAC